GGGGUGUCGACAGAGAGAGAGAACUCCAGCAGUCAGAUCUUGGCUGUGGUGAGGACACCCAGGAGAAGUGCAUUCCUGAGGCAGCAAGCAAGGAGAAGGCAGCAAGAUACAGCGGACAAGUCACGGCAUCCUUUAAAUCUCCCCGUGACCACGUCUCACUGCUUCUGACCUCCGUUGGACUCGCACGCUCCUCACACACACACACACACACACUCUCACACACGCGCUGCCUUGCACAGACACCAGCGGCACAACCGGCUCUGCCGCUCCGUCAGAAGUAAAGGAUUUCACCAAGUGAGAAAAAGAGACGGAGAGAAUACAAACUGAGGGAGGAAAUAAAGACACUGAAGAGAAGGAUAAGAUCCUCUCACUCGAGUCAGUGCUAUGCAGUGUUGAGUUGAGUCGACCCAAGCUGAAGUGAUCUGUUUUGAAGACCGUCUUGCCGUUCACCCCAUCCUGCCUGGUCCCAGAUGGAGCUCAAAGUGUGGGUGGACGGUGUGGUGCGGGUUGUGUGCGGCCUGUCGGAGGAGACGUCCUGCCAGGACGUGGUCAUUGCUCUGGCCCAGGCCAUCGGUCAAACAGGCCGUUAUGUUCUGAUCCAGCGUCUUAGAGACACAGAGAGGCAGCUGUUGGCCACAGAGAGGCCUCUGGAGUCCCUGGCGAAGUUAGGCCAACAUGGCAGCGAAGUUCAGUUCUUCCUGCGCCGUACGGGCCCAAGCAGCAGUGACGGACCCAGCUCCAAACAAGACAGACCAACUCCCCUCCCGGUGCCCAAGCAUCCUGAGCCAGAGCCUUCAAAACGCAGCCAGCCUAAGAAAGCACUCACCUUUAACCUGGGGCCAUCCACCUCUCCUAGAACCAAAGCCAAACAGUUUAAGAGGUCUCCUCGGGACUCUCCAGAGCAAAGAGCCUCUCCCUCUGCUUCUCCUAGCCCUUUACCCGCUCAUGUGCCAUCUCCCUCUCCCUCACCACCAAUUGGCCCCUCCAAAGAGGAGGUCUUUAGGAAGGUCCUUCAGCAACAAGAGAGACUAAGGGCUUUCGAGGCCCAGCUGGAAGCCCUCGAGAGGGAGUCACAUACCUGGGAGCGUCCCUACCCAUCUCCAUGUCCAUCGCCAGUCUCUGAUUCUCGCUUGCAAGAGGAGAUGGACGCUCUGGAGCUAGCAGUGCGGAGGAACCAGGCCGAGCUUGUCCACGAGCAGUACUGGGAGGAGGAGCUCCAGGCGGAGGUGGAGAAGGAACGAGGGAUGAGGAGGAAGCUUGGGGAGCUCCACGCCAAGCUAGACGACUGUGGGCGGCGGCUACAUGAGUUCUCUGUUCGCUCCGCUCAACUGGAGCAAGAAAUCCAGAGGGAAAGCCAGGCAGAAGGGAAAGCCAACAGACCAGAGGAGUCCCUCGAUGCUGUGAAGGCAGAGCUCCAGAGCCAGGAGAAUCACAGGACAGAUCUGGAGGAGCAGCUAUCUGAGACUGACAAGGCUCUGGGGAAGGCAGAGUCUCUGCUGCAGGCCAAGCAGGAGGAGCUGGAGGAGCUGAAUAAGGAGCUGAGGCAGUGUAACCUGCAGCAGUUUAUUCAACAGACAGGUGUCCUGCCAGCGCACACCCACUCACGCACAGAGCUUCAGGAGCAACUGGAGCAGCUAGAGCUGGCACACCUCCUGCAGGAGGGAUACAGUAAUGGAGGCCACAGUGUAACUCCAGUGGAAUCGCCGCCUCGCCCCACUGCCAAACAGUUCCUGGGACAUCCACGCAACCUGCAAAACCCUCUCGUGUCCAGUCUCAACCCCGAGGUCCUGACAUCCAGAGAGUCGUCAUGGAGAUAAAUCAUGGACCGCAGGGCCAAGGGAAACUUGUUCACUGUUCUGUCACCGUCACCUCCUAUUUAACCCCUUUCUUUGUCACUAUUUAAUCUACCAUGAUAUACAUACUGUAUAUACAUAAGACAAAUAUAUUUACAGAGUUUUGCUAUUGUAAACACUGCAAAGUAUCUGUAUGAAAUGUAAAAUAAUUUAGAAACCUUUUACCUAGAGCAAUUAUUACAAUUACUAUGUAUUUAAAUAUAAUAAAAAUGUGUAUUGUGUUUUAGA